AUGCGCGGGGCUCGGUUGCACGCUGAAUUGACAGCCAUUAACCUCAACCUGCCAGCGCGAGUGUACAUGCCGUUGAUGGUGGCGUCGGACUCGCGUCAGCAUCACAUCGUGCGCGUCCCACCGACUGAGUCAGUGAUUCUCAACUCAAAGGAUCGCGUGCCGUUCAUGAUCCUG